AUGUCUGAUUGCAAAUCAAAGGCUAAAAGAUCAAGAAGCGGCUGUUUAAGCUGUCGCCGUCGUCACAAGAAAUGUGAUGAAACCAAACCAAUUUGCAAGAGUUGUGCGUCACGGAAUGCUUAUUGUGAAUGGCCAAUCAAAGGGAUUUUCAAGCAAAAAAACUUGAGCAACAAGAAGAAAAGCUCGUCAUUCAGCACUUCCAAGACUCCAACUACAAAUUAUCACCAAAUUUUAAAUAGCGAGUUGAAUAAUUUGUUGCAUACUGCUAGUGAUGCUAGCACUACCAACACCAACACCGCACCAUCUGAUCCAAAUAAUCCAAACACCGGAGAUACAAACUAUCUCCCAGAAAACUCAAGCUCGAACAUUUUCGAUUCAUUGCGUAAAACUCCAUCAUCUAGUACUUUGGCUUUGAUGGAUCUAUUGAACAAUAAUCCGCUAGAGAAUCAAAACCCAAGAUCUCAUUCAAUAUCAAGCACAAGCCCUUCCCUUUUCUCAAAUAUUCAUCCGUCAUUCUUGUCAGAUUCAAACUCAAAUUCAAGCUCUUCUUCCCCAACAGCAACUUCUGAUUUUGAAGAACAAAGUACAAAGCAAACCCCUUCCAGAGUUCAAAUUAGUGAAGAUAUCAUCCUCACGAACCUACAAUACUCUUCAACUUCUCUCUAUUUCCAACCUUCUCCUGAUCAUUCAUACUAUGCUACAUCGCAUGAUAUACUAAAAGAUUAUUUGCUAGCUAAUACAGUCCUCAAUAAUAGAAGAUUGGAGAUCACGAAUGAGGAGUUAUUAAUUUCAAAGCCAAAAUCUGAAGUUUCUACCAGUGACUUCUCGUCUUGUACAAAUAUAAUGCUCAAUGAGUUCAAUCUUCACGUUAAAAAAGAUUCUUGGGAUAUCAAAUGUCAGAAAUCAAAAUUAUUAGAUUUGCAAAAAGAUUAUUACAAAGUCUUGUCUAACAAAACUUCCAAAUUGUUUGAUUUUUCCCCCCAACCUUCCUAUUCUAAUACUGAUCCUGAGAACCUUGAUUUCUCUUCCCUUUAUUCAGUGCUUUUGUCCCCUCAAGAAAAUAAUAGCUCACGGCCAAUUAUCCCAAUUUCAAUGAAGAAAAAAUUGGUACAAACUUUCAAUUCGUCGAUUUUACCAAUUCUUGAAAUUCCAUCUGAUCUGAAAAAAAUGGUAUCGAAAAUUAUUUGGAAUGCAUUGGCUGAGUCAAUAGACGGUAACUCUAAUUUAAAUCCCUCCCCUUCAACGUCUUCUACUUCUUCGGCACCUUCCAAUGCUCUUCCUGAUGGAAGUAUGAUCAUCUGUGCCGUGCUCGCAAUUGCCAGCAGAGUUGAAGAUCUACACCAGAUCUCUCAUUUCCAAACCUCUCAGUUCCAAAAAGGUUUGAAUAAUGAAGAACAUAAUCCACAAAUACAGCUAAAUAAAAUCACAUUGGCCUUGUACAACAAAGCAAUCAAAUUAUUAAUUGAAUCGAUGACCAUCCCUCAGAACACAACUUCUAAAGAAGCCUCGGUAUCGCCAUCAAUUACCGUUACUCCCUCUGAAAAAGUACAGCUCUUGACUACUCUGUUAUUAUUAUUCAUAUUCCAAUUAUUAAGCUGUCCUUCUCACGAGUAUCCAAGUCGUUUGAACCAUGUAAUUCAAUAUAUGAAGCUGUUUGGUUUACACGGCUUCAACAAUAUUGAUGAUUCAUCAAUAGAUAAGAAUUCCAGUUCUGUCACUACACAGCCAAUCGGAUCUAAUAUUUUUAAUCCAAAGAUGAGCACCAGAAAACUCAAUGCUACAUUAUCUCAAUUAUUUUGGACUUUUGUACAUAUGGAUCUUCAUUUUGCAAUGUGUUGGCAAAGAAAACCAUACAUUACAAGUAUGGAAUAUUUACCAAAGAGUUUCUAUGAUACAUUGAAUGAAAACUUGAAGAAUUCUUCUUCUCCGUUAACUUCCAAUGACAAUUUGACUAAAUCUGUGAUCAAUUCCAGAAACUCCAACACAAUGACCAUUAUCAAGCAUUUCUUCCUCUCUUACUCUACCGGUUCUCCUUCCCACUGUGUGAAUUCUACAAGAGUUCAUUCCGGAUUAAUUGAUGAUGAUGAAACAUAUGUUAGUAAUUAUUGUGGGUACUUGGUGUAUCUUGCGGCAAGAGUCUUCGAACUUGUUUAUGGAAGUGGUCUUGAUAAGAAUAAGAAUAAGAAUCGGAAGAAAUUCAAAGAUGAUAAUUCCAGCAAUAACUUUGAAGCUAAUGAUAUCAGUGAUGAUGUCCAAGUGGAAAAUAAUAGCAUUAUGGAUGAUGUUUCUUGCUUCCUUCACAAAGGCACUGAUAAAACACAUCAAGACAUGAAAAUUGCAAAUUAUGGCUGCAAUUCCAACUCAUAUAUCCAGGAAUGGCAAAUGUUGCAAUAUGAGCUUGAUCAAUGGCAUCAAUCCCGUCCUGAAGAACUACAGAGUGUGAUAAAUGAUAAUGGAAUAUGUCAUGGGGAUGCUCUUAUAGAUGUACAGGAUGGUGGGAAUGGAAGUUACGGAGUUUAUAAUGUUAACAAUGGUUCCACUGAAGGAAGUGCUGCUAGCAGAAACCCAGUCAUUGGAGGCCGUUCGUCGUCCUUUUCUGGCACAGGUAAAAUGAAUCAUUCAAGAAUUGAAGUUGAUGUGGGCACCACCUGGGGUUUGAAGUUUCCAAUGAUUGUGUACCAAUCUUUUCAAUCAACCGUGGUGAAUUCAAUUUGGCAUGCUUCACAAUGUGUGCUUUGGGAAGGCGCUCCUUUACCAGAAAAACAAUCUGACAAUGGUGAUACCAAUGAUUCAAAACAAGAUGAAGAUCCUGAGAAUUCUAGGAUAGGGGACUCUUUCAAAAUCCCACCAACUAACCAUCAUUCUGUGUUAUCCUAUUCAUUGCCAUCACAACAGCAUGCCUCUCUUGCCAUCCUAAAUGCCACCAAAGUAGUGGGUAUAUCUCUUAAUGAUCCAAAUGCCACUAGUGUCUCAUGGAAUCUUGGGGCUAUUAGUAUUGCAAGCAAUGUUCUUAAAAAAUACAGUGGCAAAAGAGUUCUGGGUAUAAUUUGGUAUUAUGAUCUGAAGGAAGUUGUGAGAAAGUUAUGGAGAGGGGAGGUAGGACACGCUACCAAUGAGUCCAAUCUCGACAGUAAUAUGAAUAGUGAAUGUACUGGACAUUGUCAAUUGAGAGGAACAGGUAAUGCGUGGCCUGUUAGAUGGAAGUUUGGAGACUUAUGA